AUGAUCAACUCGGGCGAAGUGGAGGUCGGAGCCAGCGGUUUACAGGACGGAACCAUACGCCGGGAAGAAGAGCGAGAUUGGAAGAGCGGAGCGGGUGCCGGGACGCGCAGUCUGCCUUUUUCUUUCCAGCCACAAGCACCGGACGGAACGGAUAAUAGGGGCGCUGGCUUUGCCGUGGAUCGCUUGGAACGGCGGAACGGACGGGGAAUGCUGUCCAUCAGAUUCCUAUCCGGAGAAGAAGACGUGUUGGAGACGUCAGGCACAAACGUAGCCAAAAUAUUUGGCGUCGCCUGGAUGACGACUGCGAAGAGGUCCGUGGAGUAG